AUGUCAAGUAUUAUCAACUAUCCAAAUAAUGUCUAUCCAAACACGAAAAUAAAGUGCCUUUUAUUAUCACAAUGGAGGGAGUAUUUGACACCUGAUUCUAAUGGAAAUGGAGGGAGUAUUGUGGAUUCAGGCACAACUUUCACAUACAUGAAUCUCGGCGUUUUCGAGCCUGUGCUUAGUGCAUUUGUGAGCCAAGUUAAGGGUAUUCCAAGAACUGAAAAUAUUGAGAAAUUAACAGGUUUAAGGCCAUGUUUCAAUAUUUCCAACCAUAAAACAGUUUCUUUGCUAGAGCUCAAGUUUCAUUUCAAAGGUGGUUCAGAGAUGGCAUUGCCAUUGGCAAAUUACUUUUCCAUUGCAGGAAAAUGCAGUGAUUUGUUUAACUAUGAUCACAGAUAG